CUCAACUUCUUGUAUAUAUAUUAUUGUAAUGAGAGCUAGGGUUAGGAAGUGAGCCGCAUAAAGAAAUAUUAAGAGGAAGGGUGAAGCUUCCAUUGCCAUGUUUCACCGUCAGCCUCAGCUCUCGCCGAAAAGAACCAUUUGAGAGAGUGAGAGAGAUUGCAACGAAUGGAUCCAAGUGAGGUGUUGAUUUCAUGUUUAAGGUCAUCGUUUCUGACCUAUUUGAUUGGGUUUAUCAUCGAGUGCUAGAAGGGAUGCAACCACUAGUCUAUGGCAUCAGUCGGAACUCCCACUGGAUCGUUAGUUGAGAGAAAGAGGUGGGGAUUGUUUAGCGAGAAUGGGAUCAUUUCGUCAGCACCAGCUCUGCGCGACACCCUGAACCUAGUGGGGAUGCGCCUUCUGGUGGCUACGUCAUCCUCCGACAAUUUCGUGGGACUCCGAUGAAUCCCGUAUGUUCUCCAGAGCAGCAAAGGCAGCAGUAGCAGUAGGGAAGAAGACGAUGAUUUCUCUUGUGCGCCGCCUGGAAGCUAGGUGUUUAGGGAGCUGGACAAUCCAUCUUAAUCACUUCAGUGGCUAUUCGGUGAUUUCUACUCAGGUACUUCGUUUUCAAAGGAAACGAGCUGGCGAUCGCAGCGCAUCACACUAUGUUUUUCCGCAUAUGAGAUCUUUGGGAUUACACUCUGAUAUUAUUUAUUGAUAACAUGUUUUGACUAUUGACACUUUGGUUUUGACAUAAGAUGUUAUUAUCGAUGUUUCUGUGCUUAUGGUUUUAUAAUAACUUAUUUAAAAUGAAAUUUUUGGCCUUGAAUUUUGGGAUGUUACAAGUUGGUAUCAGAGCCAUGGUUUGAG